AGAGAGAGAGAGAGAGGAUCCAGGCGGAGAAAAGACCGAGGAUGGAGCAGCAGAGCCAAAGAAAAGACACCACAGCCUGAAAGAAAGCGCCCUUCCCCUCCUCUUCUGUCGCUUCCUCAACUGGAGAGGAAACGGAGGACCGCAGCGCUGAUUGUUAUGGAUUCUCUCGUUUAUUUUUCUAUCGAUUUUGCUUUAAUUAGUGACCCCCGCUAGAGAAAGGAAGAGGGAUCCAGCGAGAGGAGAGGGAGGAGCGAAAGUCAAACAGGGGGUGCAGCCUUACUUUAUUAUUUCAUUAAUUUUACCAAAUAAUGUUUUUACGUUGCAUUAUUGUGUCGCUUUGCGUGUCCUUCCGCAGACCAGCCAGCUACUAACCAAAUCUUUACAAGAACCAAAAAUUAAAACCCAUUCCACUCCGACACGGACAGUUUUUUUUUUUACCCCAUUUCUCUUUUCUUACCGAGGAUUCACGGGUGGACAGUUUGAGACUUUUAGGCACAGAUCAGGAGGAGAAAUCCAUCUUUAUUAAACCCAAACCAAAGCAAACUCCGCAUCCGAGGAGAGCCGGACACGAGUCUCAGAUCUUUACGCACAGCCGCGGGUCACAGUAACCCAUGUCUAGUUGUGUCUGCGUUACAGAGAGCUGAUCCGACUGUUCACAUGGGUGCAAAGAGAGCAAAUAUAAUCCACGCUCAUAAACCACUGGCCUGUUUGGAGAAACACCGGUAGCUUUAUUUAUUGUCCCAAAGCCAGUCAGCGCGUCGGUGUCUCUGCUGGACUCCGACAAGUCCUCAGUGACCACAAACAUCCAUCUGCUAUACCAAACCCGAAGGUAGAGAGAUGUAAAUCUGCUGAGGAAGAGUCCAGACUCACUGAAGGAAAAACACAAAACCAAACUUCCUAAACCAUCCCGGUGUCCUGAAAGCUGCUAUCCACACGCCAGGAGAGCAAAGAAGGUGGGCCAGAGAUCGACGGCAGGACCACGGACAGAAGGAGAAGACCAGUGAGACCAAAAUAAACCAAAAAAUCCAACGACCACCAGGUCGACAGAGGACCAUGUUUGUCCCCCUGCCGGUCCCCUUCGUCUUUCAGAGAACAGCGUCCGACUUCAGCGCCUGGAGACUCAAGUCCUCGCUGGUCCCGCGGUCCAGCCCCGAUAUCAGGAUGUCCAAAGCACCGGGGGAGGAGAAGCCGGGAGCUAAAUAUCCAGGUGACAGUUCAGACUCUGACAGAAACAGUCCUGAUGACCAGCUGCAGGUCCAGACGAUGAAAAGCAGCCCUUACAACCUUUCUCCCUCUGCAGCAGGCAGCAAGGUAAAGAGCGAAGAGAGCUCAGAGAUAACACACAGCACUGCUGCUCCUCCCUCCCAGCAGCAGCAGCAGCAGCAGCAGCAGCAGCAGCAGGCUCAGCAUCACCACACACAGCUGAUGCUCGCAGGCAGUCAGCUCGCAGGGCUUGCUGCUCUCCUCCCGGCCCAGCAGCAGCUGCUCCUCCAGCAGGCUCAGGCUCAGCUCCUGGCGGCUGCCGUUCAGCAGUCAAACGCCGCUCACGCUGCCGCCCACGCCGCCGCGCAGCAACAGGCCAAUCAGCAGCAGCAACAACAGCCUCAGCAGCAACAGCCAAACAAACAGGAGCAACCAGUGCAGGCUCCGCCUCCACAGCUGGCUCUGUCCCAGCCUAUCCAGCUCACAGCGCAGGACAUCCAGCAGCUGCUGCAGCUCCAGCAGCUGGUUCUGAUGCCGGGUCAUCCCCUCCAGUCCCCAGCCCAGUUCCUCCUUUCUCAGCCUACACAGGCACAGCAGCCACAGCAGGGUUUGCUCUCAACAGCAAAUCUGAUCCAGCUACCUCAGCAAAGUGCAGGAGGACUUCUUACAAGCCCACCUCGCAUGGGACUCCAAGCACAGAGGGAGAAGAGCAGCGAUGCAGGAAACAGCAGCGGCAGCAGCGCAGCCUCUGUAGCGGCCAGUGGAAGCAGCAGCGGUGUAACAUCUGUAGGAGCUACCUCCGCAUCCAGCAGUGCCAUGGCCUCCUCCCUAACCUCCGGCCUGAACCCCGGCGGUCAGACAGCUCACAUGAGUGAAGAACCGAGCGAUCUGGAGGAGCUGGAGCAGUUCGCCCGAACCUUCAAACAGCGGCGCAUAAAGCUGGGAUUCACGCAGGGUGAUGUGGGAGUGGCCAUGGGAAAACUUUAUGGAAAUGACUUCAGCCAGACCACCAUCUCUCGCUUUGAAGCACUAAACUUGAGCUUUAAGAACAUGUGCAAGCUGAAGCCGCUGCUGGAGAAGUGGCUAGGUGACGCAGAAACGAUGGCGGUGGACAGCAUGCUGCCCAGCCCCUCCUCCAUCUCCUCCCCCUUGCUGGGCAUCGAGGGCCUUCCCGGCCGGCGCAGAAAGAAACGCACCAGCAUCGAGACGAACGUACGAGUGGCUCUGGAGCGCAACUUCAGCACGAACCAGAAGCCGACGUCGGAGGAGAUCCUGCUGAUGGCAGAGCAGCUCAACAUGGAGAAGGAGGUGAUCCGUGUUUGGUUCUGCAACCGCCGGCAGAAGGAGAAACGUAUCAACCCAUCUAGCAGCAGCACUCCUCCCCUGCCCAGCCAGACCUCGCCUGUUGUGACGCACAAAGCCCACUGCUACAGCCCCCACAUGAUAUCGAGUCAGAGUCUGUCCCAGGUCACCACCAGCCUCAGCACAACAGGAGCCAGUUUGUCACCUUCAGCUUCCUGCCCCAUGACUCCCGUCAGCUCGGUUGUCAUGUCCUCGUCUGUGACUCCUCCUCCUCUUCCUCCUCACAGCACAGCCAGCCCGGCUCCUUCCAGCCUCGGGACAUCUGGGCUCACCACUGGGAACACAAUGAUAGGAGUAAGUGCAGGGAUGAACCAGGCCCUCAUUGGCAGUAAUCCUCUGGCUACCAUGCAAGGGGUUUGUUGGAGGCUUGACCCUGCAGAGAGGUGUUGUUCAGAUGCCAAACGAUUGUUUCAAACCAAAUCAAACUUUAGUGACUGUUGUGAAGUGUGACGGAGAGCGAGGAGGAAGAGAAGAAACGUAAUGGAGGAAUUGUGCUAGAAUGUAUGCUACUUGAUGAGUUUUUCCUUCAGACUUCAUUUGAAAUAUCACAUAAGCCAAAUUUCUGUUCCAAUAUCCCUUUAAAGGCCUUCAUUUUCCUGGUUAUGAUGGUAAUUCUGUAUAUCAUAUAUUCUGUGCAGCUUCCUUUUAGGUUCCUCUGAUGUUUUUCUGCAUCUGCAGUGAUUAAAACUCCCAUUUAUAGUCGACCGGUUCAACCACGAACAAAAAGAGGGUUUCAAAGGGCUUGAUUGCUCUGAUCGAUUAAAAACAUGAAUAUGAGCACAGGAAUGCCGGUUAAUAGAGGCUUGUCCAGCAUAUAAGGAAAGAUUAUUGAAGACAUUUAAAUAAAUGUAGGGUUAUAAAAACAGCACAGGAGCAAAACUCCAACCACAUAGACUCUGAUUUUAGGUUGUAGCUGUAAAACUGCAGUUCCUAAGAAAAAAUAACAGAGGACAUAAAUAUGAUAAUUGACAACUUCUAUUAAAUUAAAUGAAUGUUGUAAAAUGUAUUUUAUUUGGAAGGUUGAAAAAAUAAUAAAGAGCCAUGUCCAAUAAACAGGUGGAACAUGCAAACUCUAAAGAAAGGUCCUGACUGACAUUUAAACCCACAACCUUUUGCUGUGAGGCAAUGUUCUCCAUAAACUCUGCCCCCACUCAGGAACAUUCAAGAUUAUUCUUAUUUUUCUGAUUUAAGGACCAAUCAGUGGAAAAUUUUCUCUGUUUAGCUUCAUUGGCUCUGAUGGAAGUAAAUAGCUUAAUUGAUUGAUUUUUGCCUUUUAGGAUACCUGCUGUAAAACAUGCUCGUUUAAUUUCAAAUCUAAAACUUGUGAGAAAUCGUCUUUGUUUCACAGAUUUUAAUGUCUUUUUGCAGAAAUUAGUGUUAACUAGCAUAAAUCCGGCUGGAAACAGCCCAGUUUGUCUUUUAUUUGUACCAAAUGUGUCCAGAGCUGCAGCGUAAAGCAUGCUUUCUGUUUUCAGACAGUAAAGACGGAUCCGUGAUCCACGUUGCUCACAUUUAUCAGUAUUUGACACAUUCGUGAUGUUUUUUUAUCCUUUAACUUGAUUUUAAAUCCAGAUUGAAUUUCCUCCAUUUACGUCUCCUCUGUUCUCCGGAAAGCUUUCCGAUUCCCCUUCAUCCCAUCGUGGGAUCAGGACUCAAACAAAUACCUCUGAUGCUCUGAUGAAAAACCAAAUAGACUUUCAAGCUUUAAAGAUGAAAACUAAAACAAAGACGUGUCUGAACUCAGGAGGGAAUGUGAAACUGGCUCAUAAAGGAGCCGUUUAGAGGCUUUAACCUCCAUUUUCACUGAGGUACUGUGGGUCUGGACUGUUUGGACUUGAAGUGUUAAUUUUUUGUUCUGAGUCCCGCUCGCCUGUUGGAGGCGUUUCGGUCCUUUGUGGGUCUGAAAACGGAGCAGAUGUCCGACCAAAUGUAAGCUUCUGUGUUUUAUUCAUGCUCCAGCAGCAGCGCAGCUCCGUCCGUUUGUGUGCCUGUGUAGUCGGACUUGUUUGUGGUGGUGACCGAGAAUGAUACCAAAGUUAAAACUGCCACAGAGAGGCACUACACCACAAACACGCCGUUCCACGUGUAUAUAGACAUUGUUAGUGAUGAAUUAAAGGAAACAAACGCCUGACGUUCAUAUACACUGGCCGUUUUCUACUGUAGUUCUUCUGUGGAUGUGAAGGUUCAUUUUACUACAGCGACCACCAUGAAAUAGACUUUCUGAUGGCCUCAAUGAGACAAGAUCUUCUAGCUACUGGCAGACAGAGUAAAUGAGAGAAUAACUUCAGUCCGUAUUGUUUGGCCCGUGUUCUUGUUGAUUUAUUGAGGAGAAAGUUAAAAAUGUUCCUUUCUAUUUUUUCUACAAUGCAGCUUAAAUCCAAAGGUUAAAGAGGACAGCAAAGAUAGAUUUUACUGCUAAAGAAAAAAACCUCAACAGUGAAAACCAAAGAGCUCCACUUUGAUUUCUCCGCAUUGUACAACCCCCACGAUUUUAUGACAAGAACUCCUGAAGGGUUCGUUAAAAUAGCCUGAAGAUGGUGGUGGUGAUGAAGCUCAAAGAAGCACCACUCUGUGAUGUAUCUGGGGAGGUGGGGAGUGUUUUCUGUUUUUAUUAUGCUUACGAUAUGCUGUUUUUUUGACCUCAAGACUCUCUCUGUCUGAGUUGUUUCUGAGACCUGAUUCUGUUGGGAAUGUUUUGGGUUUGAAACUGUUCUCUUACUGUCCCUUAACUCAUCGCUAUCUGUGUGCCUGUUGUUUUCCGGGGGGGAGGGCAGGGAAGCAGAGGGGACAGAACAA